AUGCCACCAUCUAACUCAAAGGCUGCCGAAACAUCUUCCAAAGAAAAAAUAAUUAAAAGAACGGAAGAAGCCUCAGAUCUCAAAGAUAUUAUUAUUGAUAUGAGAAAACUUACUAUUUCUAAACUUGUAGAAUAUUUUUUGAAGUCACCAGGCACAGACACACCUGACUCUAUUUUAACGGGCAAAACGAAUAUAUUUCUCAACAACAGCCCUGAUGAACUGUCAGCUUCCAAAGAAAAAAUAAUUAAAGUAACGGAAGAAACCUCAGCUCUCAAAGAUAUUAUUAUUGAUAUGAAAAAUCUUAUUAUUUCUAAACUUGUAGAAUGUUGUUGGAAGUCACCAAGUACAGACACACCUGAAUCUAUUUUAACGGGCAAAACGAAUAUAUUUUUCAGCCCUGAUUAUAACGGCAAUCAAAAUCAAAGUCAAAUUAAUUACAACAACAGCAACAUUAAUACCAAUAGUGCUAAUUACAAUAACGAAUACAUGUAUCAACAGAAUUCUCAACAACAAGAAUAA